AUGGGAAUCAAUCUCGAUUCCUUGUUCAGCUACCUGGCUCCUCCCAUGUCUCCGAACGAACUCUUCAAUGCAUUCUCAUCCAUGAACACCUUCGCAGCUAACUAUCCGCCUCCUUCCUUGCCCCCGAACGACCUACUCGUAAAUCCGGGCCCUGCUUGGAAUUUGGACCUGCUUCAGAGCCCUCAACUCGGGCACAUCCUCUCACCGCAAGCGGAGAUUGCAGUCAGAGUCGGCAACGCGCGCACACUCGCCCACAAUGGCUACCGCGGCCCCUUUGAUAUCGGUCGCCUCACCUGCCUCAUCGAUCCGUACACCGGCGAACCGAACCCCAUCGCCGAGACGCGCCCCGACGCCCGAGGGAACAUUGCCGCGUACGACCUGCACACCAAUGAGAGCAUCUUCGACGCCGAGCCCUCCGAGACGGGAACCGCCCAGUGGGGCAGGAAGGGCGAGUUCGCUGGUUUUGAAGAGUCGAGUGCCGCUUCGUGGAACCCGGCCAUGCCCCCGCCUCAGGUCGAGGAAAUCAAGGAUCCGCGCUUCAAGCCAAACGCAAAGGAUGCCUGGAUGGGUGUUAGACUAUGUGAGGGCACUGAAUCUGCCAUGGUUCAUGACGGUGAUGUCCCGGCUGCGACAUCUAACUUGGGUCCGACGCCGUCUUGGAUCAAGGAAGCCAAUGCUGUUCUGGGUAUUCCGAAUGAGGAUGACGAGGAUGAGGAGGGUCUCUUUGAGUAUUGCAAUUUUGAUUUUGAUGACUGAUUGUUCAGUCGUCGGUGCUCGGAUCACUGGAGUUUGGAUG